GUGGGAAUCGGCGGGGGUCUCCCCGACGCAGGGCGCCGCAGCCGCCCAGGGGAACAGCUCCGACCUCGUUUUCAGACUCCUGGGGUGUCAUAAUUUCAUCAUUUUCCAUGGUCCAACCGGGAUUAAGAAGACCUGACUUUCUAGAAUGCAAAAGGAAAUCAAGAUUUUCCUAAUAUUUUGGCAAGCCAUGGUUUAGAAAGUACUACGACUCGUGCUGUCGGUGAUCACACAGGAAGUGGUGUGCAUCCAGAAUAUCUUGCUUAUGGGUUGGUUCCUGUCUUUUUCAUCAUGGGCCUUUUGGGGAUCCUCAUCUGUCACAUGCUUCAGAAAAAAGGGUAUCGGUGUACAACAGAGGCCGAGCAAGAAAUUGAAGAGGAAAAACUUCGCGAAAAGAUAGAAAUGAAUGAAAGUGUAAAUGACAAUAACGAUACUGUGGGGCGAAUUGUCAACAUCAUUAUGAAAAAUGAAGCAAAUGCUGAUAUGUUAAAGGCCAUGGUGGCAGAUAACAGUGUGUGUGAUCCUGAAAGCCCUGUGUCUCCUACCACUCCAGGCAGUCCUACAAGUCCAGGCACUCCUUUGUCACCAGGUGAUACUCCAUCAAAACAUAACUGUCGUGGCCAUCACUUGCAUACAGUUGGGGGAGUAGUAGAGAAGGGUGUUUGUAGUCGCUGUAGUCACAAAAGAUGGCACCUUUUAAAGCCAACCAACAAAUCUAAAGAACCAAGAAAAAGCCGCCAAGGAGAAGUUACAGUACUUUCUGUGGGAAGAUUUAGAGUCACAAAAGUAGAGCACAAAUCUACAUCCAAAGAGCGGAAAAGCUUGAUGUCUGUUAAUGGUGUUGAAGUUGUCAAUGGAGAAGUGCCUGCCACACCUGUCAAACAUGGAUCAAGAGAAGUUCCUGCCACACCUGUCAGACAAGGAGCAAGAGGGAGAACUGGCACAGAAUAAUAGAUGACCUAGUUAUCUAAGGCAACAAGGAGGAAGAGAAAACACACUGAGAAGAGGAGGAGGAGAAGAAAAGACCCAGAGUAAGGAAUGUAAAUAAGCACUAAACUCAAGCAACUCUUCUCUACCGGUUGACUUCGUAAAGUCUGUUCAAAAUAUUGAUCUGUAUUCUUGCUCAUUGUACUAUGGAUCAAACAUAUCUGAAUUCGGUGGCAGGGCUCGUGGUGCAUUCCUGCGCAUAGUUUAGUCAUUCACAAUCAGGUUGUUAACCCCAGUAUAAUUGAAAGGUAAGCAUACAGGUUUUUUUUUCCCCAGUUAAUUGUAAGUUUAAUUGUAAGGCACCUGCUAUUUAUUUACAGUUCUGUAAAUCUAAAUACAUGGCAAUUACUUACAUUUGAGCAUGCUGAAAAAAGCCUGCACACAUACUGUUCAAGAUAUUAGUUUAAUAAAGUGUGCUAUCUUCUCCAGUCUGAGAACCCUCCUCCCAAAUUGUGGGUUGUCCAGACACUGGUGUUAGAUUAAAGCAGUUUACAGGCUACUCUAUCUGUUGCCAGUGACCCUCUGAGCCCUUACAGCAGCCAGGAAUUUUCCAGAUAAAGGAACGUUCCUGGUCCUGCAGCACUUUUUUCCUCACCAGAGCCCCUCUAGCUGGAAUUAAGGGUGGCCUAGGAGCUCAGUGAUCAAGAGAUCAUUCAGUUACCAGUUAAGUUGGACUCAGAAUUGUUUUGUGCACCUAAAGUGGUGCAGAGUAGCUUCAUUAUAGCAGUGAAUCAGGCCACUUGUCAUGAGUGACAUUCCGUUACUUUAAAUACGUUGUUGACAAUGCAACUUUUGUAAAGGAAAACCAGCAGCCUGUCAGUUUUAUUGUGGGGUAAAUAGUUUUGUUUGUCGCAGAUAGAGUUUUUAGAAGCGUUUUGAUAACGUGCUGAAACUGAAAACUUAGGAGAUGUACUAUUAUAGGAAAUGUAUUUAUGUCACUGUAGCUCUUUAUAGUUUCUGUGAAUGAAUCUAUGCAGGGGUAGGUCCUAAAUACUUAAGAUUUGUAGCCAAUAAAACAUUUCCAGUCACUAACAUAGUGUUGGAUCCUGUGAUCAACAGCCUAUUCAUUUGCCUUCAUCUUAAAAGAAAAAUUCAUGUAACCCUUGGGGAAAGCAAAAGUUCUUCUACCAAAACUUCCUCACUGCUGUGUCCAAAUUAAAAUAUUUAAUGAGCUCAGCAAUGUAAACAAUGGAAAACAUAGGCUGGUUGUAUUAUAUGGGGACAGCUUUAUCCUUUAUUGCCAAAUAAGAAACUUAUGGCAUGAUGGCUGUCAUGGUUACAGGGAUAACUGCACUUUUGACCACUGUCUGGUCUCAGAGCGUUACCCCCUCAGGUCCCGAGCCUGAGGUGUUUACUUCCUCUGGGGUGGUGAUUCUCCAACAUUUAAAGUGGGUCAUGGGCUACAUUGGAUAAAGUAUGCUUAUGCUAGCAGGUCCAACUACAUUCAGCACCUGCUGGUCUUCCUUUGGGAGCUUGUUACCAAUGGCAAAUACAAUGACCAGACAGCCUUCUGUAAACAAAAGUUUUUUAAUCUUAACAGUUAGCAACAAAGUAAAACAUGAGAGAGAGGAUUUUUAAACAACAAAAGGCCUACGUAUUGUCUGUCUCAUCUAAGCCCUUCCACCCUGUGAGAGGACCCUAGAAAGGCUUAGCUUUGUCAGACACUAAGUCAGGUGUCAGUCUGUUUCCCCUGAACAACUUCCCGAUAACCGUCUGACUGUUGGCCAGAGAGUCUUUUUAACCAGCCAGAAGUUGUCUUCUCACCUUCCUGUGCUUUGACUCUGCUGCUCAAAACCUAUCUGGUGGGCUCCACUGAGGUCAAGCCCACCUCUUGAGUCAUUGUUUUGCCUUCUUGCUUGUUUUUUUUUUUUUUACAACAGCCUGUUAUUAAACUAAAUCAACAUCCAUAAAGUAAACUUCCCUGAUAACUAUCAAACAUAUAGCACACAAUACAGUAUUCAAAUAUUAUUAUAGAGCAGCCCCAUGUCCUUCAGAGUGUCUGUCUCUCAAAAUAGGUACCCUCAAUCCAUUAGUGCCAACUAUUAAGUCAUAAUGUGUCAUAUUUGAGUGUGACUCACUGACAGAAAAUCAAUGACUGUUAAGCAGUGCUAAUUGUUGUUUGAAUCUACUUGCCAUGAUUACCACUUUGCCUUAGAAAUGAUCUGUUAAUUGGGAAUAUUUGUGAUAUUUUGGCAGACUUUGCUGUAUAACAGAAAAUGAAAAGUGACACUUUUUUGCUCUACUGUGUGCCUAACAAGAAUACACAUCAAUCUGUAGCUUUAAUGCAUGUCAGUAGGGAUUAUACUAAAUUAUGAGAAAACUAUAAAGCAGUUCAGUCUGUUUAACAAACCUCUUGUAAAUAAUUGUCUUUGUAAUUGAUUCAUGUUUUAAAAUAAUGCUAUGUUUUUGUAGCUGUGUCAAUCCCAGGAUAUUAGAGACACAAUGUGGGUGAAGUG